CCUAUAUAAGAAAAAGACCCCAAAAUCGGGACUGUUCCUAUAAAAUCGGGACAUCUGGUCACCCUAGACAGGGAGGUGCAGUCUGGGGGGCAGGCUGGGGGUCUCUGACUCAGCGCAGCCCUGUGCGUGCAGGAUCAAGUUCCCAGUAAGCUGUGUGGCCCAUGAGUUCUCUUUAAGACUGGUCACGUCUACACUGAGAAAAGGCAUCAUAAAUCUUAGGAAAGUCAAGUCCGAUCUUGCCUGGUUUUGCUGGAGGACUUUCAUGGAGGUUUCAGAAAAGGCCUUGAUUGUUUUGUCUGAAAUCAAAGAUGGAAAUAUACACCUGAGGAAAAAAACACUUUAAAUCUGCUUUGUCUGUAUUCAUAUGGAUGAAUCCAGGAUGUUCCAAGAAAACACAUUUGAUAAUUACUUGAAUUCAGCAGCCCCAAUUUGUGAAGAUGGUGCUUUCCAAAAGAAAGGGCACAGUGCAAGGACCCUUAGCCCUGAAGAAGCUGAGAAACUGUCAAGAGAUCAAGCCUUGGUGUCUGACUUCAAAAAACUGAAACUGGAGAAAGAUGCACAGAAGAACUGGGAUCUAUUUUACAAAAGAAACAGCACAAACUUCUUUAAAGACAGGCAUUGGACAACUAGAGAGUUUGAAGAUCUAAAAGCAUGCCGGGAGUUUGAAGAUCAGAAACUGACCAUUCUUGAAGCAGGCUGUGGGGUUGGAAAUUGCUUGUUUCCACUUUUAGAAGAGGACUUGAAUAUCUUUGCUUAUGCCUGUGAUUUCUCUCCAAGAGCUGUUGAGUAUGUAAAGAAGAACACUUUAUAUAAUAUUGAGAGAUGUAAAGUAUUCCAAUGUGAUCUGACCAAAGAUGACCUUCUGGAAAAUAUUCCAGCGGAUUCUGUGGAUGUUGCCACAUUAAUAUUUGUGCUUUCUGCCAUUCACCCUGACAAGAUGCACCUUGCCUUGCAAAAUAUUUAUAAGGUAUUAAAACCAGGCAAAUGUGUCUUAUUUAGAGACUACGGGCUCUAUGAUCAUGCAAUGCUUCGGUUUAAAUCUGGCAGCAAACUUGGAGAAAACUUUUAUGUUAGACAAGAUGGGACAAGAUCAUAUUUCUUUACUGAUGAGUUCUUGUCUCAUCUCUUUAUGGCUGUAGGAUAUGAGCAAGUGGUCAAUGAGUAUGUGCUACGAGAAACUGUGAAUAGGAAAGAAGGUCUGCGUGUUCCAAGGGUUUUUCUUCAGAGCAAAUUUCGAAAGCCUCUAAGUGAAGCAUGAGUAUUUGCUAAUGAGCCACAGAAAUGCUUGUUUAAAUGGGGCAGUGAGGGGGGGAAUUCUAGUGUGGUGUUUUUCCUUGGCUGUACUAUCCUGGAGUCUGCUAAACCAGAAUGACAGAAUCAUGUUUUCCAGCCUUCUGUUGUUUUUGAUCCUUGGGUAUAGAAGAUGAGAGUGACUGUUAGAAUACAAUUUUAAGAUAGGAUAAAGAUACAUAUAUACAAUCAACCUCUUUGAGUGCCUAAAUUUCCCCUUUUUAAAGUAAAUUCUAUGCACCAUUGUUAGAGGCUCUUGUGUGAUUUUAAUAUAAAAAUGGUUUAAAUAAGACAGUCUGUUUUUAAAUAAUUCUCCAAGGAUUUUGCAUAGGAUUGUAAUUUUCAUUAAGGAAAGUAUGUUGUUGAGCAUAAACUGGUUAAAUGUUCAUUAUAAACCGCUGUUUCCACUAGUUGUAAGAAUGGAUUAGUGUUGUGUCCCUUCUCUUUCAUAUUAAAACUAUUUUAUAUUUCUGCUAAUGGA